UGCGUUUCGCGCUUCCCUGUGUGUUGCACUAAAUAAAUAAAUAAAAUAAGCAGAGUAUUGAAAAAUAUAUAAAAGCCAGCUGCAGUGUCUCAGCGCGUGGCUGUGGUGCAACAUUUGAUACAGAGUCGCCACCCCUGUGGAUUAGUGGCACUUUGUAGUAUUUUCAAAUACAGUGUGUGAUUUGUGAAUGACUCAAAUAUAAAAAAUUCAACAGCCCCUUCAACGAAUCUAAUUUACAUCUUUAUUAGAGUCGCUGUUUAAUAUCGUAAGAUCAAUAAGAGGAAACAUAACGGAUCACACACAAUGGCCAAAAUAUGGAAUAUGUGUCUCAGUAGUCUUAUACAAUUGGCUGCUGUUAUUGGGAUUGUCUCUAUAAGCAGCAUUUUGGCUGCAAGUCCACCAGAUGCAGAUCAGAAGGGUCCAGUUUUUCUGAAGGAACCAAUUAAUCGUGUUGAUUUUUCAAACUCCACCGGUGCUGAAAUAGAGUGUAAGGCCAGUGGUAAUCCCAUGCCCGAGAUUAUUUGGAUUCGCAGCGAUGGUACAGCUGUAGGCGAUGUACCCGGUUUGCGACAAAUAUCGUCCGAUGGCAAACUGGUAUUCCCUCCGUUUCGAGCAGAAGACUAUCGACAGGAGGUACAUUCACAAAUAUAUGCUUGCUUGGCGCGAAAUCAAUUUGGAUCAAUUAUUUCGAGAGAUGUUAACGUACGAGCAGUUGUGCGUCAAUUUUAUGAAUCAGAGGUUAAUAAUGAAUAUGUUAUACGUGGAAACUCAGCUGUGCUUAAAUGUUCUAUACCAUCAUUUGUUGCGGACUUUGUGGAAAUUAUAUCCUGGCAAGAUGAGAAGGGUCAAAUAUUUACUACUUUCUAUGAAAAAAAAGACAUUGAUGGGAAAUACCUUGUGUUGCCUUCCGGUGAGCUACAUAUUCGUGAAGUUGGGCCUGAGGAUGGCUACAAAAGCUAUCAGUGCCGCACCAAACAUCGCUUGACUGGCGAGACACGCCUGAGUGCGACCAAAGGACGAUUGGUUAUUACAGAGCCAAUUGGUAGUGUGCCUCCAAAGGUUAGCAUUGAGGUUGAGGUUGCUGGUGCAAGAGGAUAUCUAGGAAAAAGCAUAAGUCUUAAAUGCCCAGCGCAAUCGUUUCCGGUCCCUUCAUAUAGGUGGUAUAAAUUUAUCGAAGGCACAACCCGCAAACAAGCUGUCGUACUCAAUGAUCGCGUUAAGCAAGUUUCUGGUACGCUCAUAAUCAGGGACGCAGUUGUCGAGGAUUCAGGCAAAUAUUUGUGUGUUGUUAACAACUCUGUCGGCGGCGAGAGCGUUGAAACGGUUUUAACUGUAACUGCACCACUCUCUGCAAAAAUCGACCCACCCACACAAACGGUUGACUUCGGUCGACCCGCAGUCUUUGUUUGUCAUUAUGCUGGAAAUCCAAUCAAAACAAUAAGUUGGAUGAAGGAUGGCAAGGCUAUUGGACAUAGUGAGCCCACGCUUCGCAUUGAAUCAGUCAAAAAGGACGACAAGGGCAUGUAUCAGUGCUUUGUUCGUAAUGAUCAGGAAUCUGCUGAGGCAAGCGCCGAACUAAAACUAGGCGGUAGAUUCGAUCCACCUGUUAUCCGCCAGGCCUUUCAAGAGGAAACUAUGGAGCCCGGCCCUAGUGUUUUUUUAAAAUGCGUUGCAGGUGGAAAUCCAACUCCAGAAAUCUCAUGGGAAUUGGACGGAAAGAAAAUAGCCAAUAAUGAUCGUUACCAAGUGGGUCAAUAUGUGACAGUAAAUGGCGAUGUUGUCUCAUAUUUGAAUAUAACAUCAGUUCAUGCAAAUGAUGGUGGUCUUUAUAAGUGUAUGGCUAAAAGUAAAGUCGGAAUUGCUGAGCAUUCAUCAAAGUUGAAUGUGUAUGGCCUACCAUACAUACGUCAAAUGGAAAAAAAAGCUAUUGUAGCCGGCGAAACCUUAAUCGUGACUUGCCCUGUUGCAGGUUAUCCCAUAGAUUCAAUUGUCUGGGAACGUGAUAAUCGGGCCUUGCCUAUCAAUCGGAAGCAGAAAGUUUUUCCAAAUGGAACGUUGAUCAUAGAAAAUGUUGAACGCAGCUCGGAUCAGGCAACAUACACUUGCGUGGCAAAGAAUUCUGAAGGUUACUCAGCGCGUGGCUCAUUGGAGGUUCAAGUUAUGGUGCCUCCUCAAAUUGUUCCAUUUAACUUUGGCGACGAUAUUAUCAAUAUGAAUGACAUGGCUUCGGCAACGUGCACCGUAAAUAAGGGAGAUAUUCCUAUUGAUCUGUACUGGACUACAGCACCGGAUCCAAAAAUUGGGGUUGGUCGUCUUAUGUCAAACGAUGGCAUUUUAAUCACUAAAAUUGCAGAGCGCAUCAGCAUGCUAAGGAUUGAAUUUGUGCAUGCACGCCACAGGGCAAAUUAUACUUGUGUGGCACGCAAUAGUGCAGGGGUUGCAUAUCACACGAUGGAGCUACGUGUCAAUGUUCCACCAAGAUGGAUACUAGAACCAACAGAUAAGGCAUUUGCACAAGGUUCUGAUGCAAAGGUUGAAUGCAAGGCUGAUGGAUUUCCAAAGCCACAAGUCACUUGGAAAAAAGCAGUUGGUGAUACACCUGGAGAAUAUAAGGAUCUGAAGAAAAGUGACAAUGUUCGCGUCGAAGAGGGAACCCUGCAUAUUGACAACAUUCAAAAAACUAACGAGGGUUACUAUCUGUGCGAGGCAAUUAACGGAAUUGGUUCUGGACUCUCCGCCGUUAUAAUGAUAAGUGUGCAAGCACCACCUGAGUUUACAGAAAAGCUUCGUAAUCAGACAGCCCGUCGCGGUGAACCGGCAGUGCUACAGUGCGAGGCGAAAGGGGAGAAACCGAUUGGGAUUUUAUGGAACAUGAACAAUAUGCGCUUGGAUCCUAAAAAUGAUAAUCGAUAUACCAUACGUGAAGAGAUACUGUCGACUGGUGUUAUGUCUAGUCUGUCAAUCAAACGAACUGAACGUUCUGACUCUGCAUUGUUUACAUGUGUCGCUACAAAUGCAUUUGGUUCAGACGAUGCGAGUAUUAACAUGAUUGUUCAGGAAGUCCCAGAAAUGCCAUACGCUCUUAAGGUUUUGGAUAAAUCUGGCCGUUCCGUUCAGCUAAGUUGGGCACAACCAUAUGAUGGUAACUCACCAUUAAACCGCUACAUCAUUGAGUUUAAACGAUCGCGUGCAUCCUGGGAUGAAAUAGACCGUGUCAUAGUGCCUGGCCACACCACCGAAGCCCAAGUCCAAAAACUGAGCCCAGCAACCACCUAUAACAUACGUAUAGUAGCUGAAAACGUUAUAGGAACAUCACAGUCAUCGGAGGCGGUAACUAUUAUUACUGCAGAAGAGGCACCAUCUGGCAAACCGCAAAACAUAAAGGUUGAGCCCGUAAAUCAAACUACUAUGCGUGUCACUUGGAAGCCACCACCGCGCUCCGAAUGGAAUGGUGAAAUAUUGGGUUAUUAUAUAGGUUACAGGCUGACAAACGUAAACUCUUCAUAUGUCUUUGAAACUGUUAACUUCCUUACUGAGGAGGGCAAAGAACACAACUUGGAGCUAACCAAUCUGCGUGUAUACACGCAAUAUUCGGUAGUAAUACAAGCAUUCAACAAGAUUGGUGCUGGUCCAUUGAGUGAUGAGGAGAAACAGUUUACCGCCGAGGGUGUUCCAAGUCAACCACCUAGCGACACAUCAUGCACUACUCUCACUUCACAGACCAUACGUGUGAGUUGGGUGAGCCCGCCACUGGAGUCGGCCAAUGGAGUAAUAAAGACAUAUAAGGUGGUUUACGCUCCAAGCGAUGAAUGGUACGAUGAGACCAAACGCCAUUACAAGAAGACAGCCUCUUCAGACACAGUGCUACAUGGCCUUAAGAAGUUUACCAACUAUACUAUGCAGGUGCUUGCGACCACCGCCGGUGGAGAUGGUGUACGCAGUACACCUAUACACUGCCAAACUGAGCCUGAUGUACCCGAAGCACCAACAGACGUGAAGGCACUGGUAAUGGGAAACGCUGCUAUACUCGUAUCUUGGCGCCCACCUGCACAACCAAAUGGCAUUAUUACUCAAUACACUGUAUAUUCUAAAGCCGGAGGUGCUGAGACUGAAACUAAAACCCAAAAAGUACCACACUAUCAGAUGAGUUUGGAGUCCAGCGAACUAGAGAAAAACAAACCCUACGAAUUUUGGGUCACUGCCAGCACUAACAUUGGUGAAGGACAGCAAUCAAAGAGCAUUGUCGCCAUACCCAGUGAUCAAGUUCCUGCAAAGAUCGCUUCAUUUGAUGAUACGUUUACUGCUACCUUCAAGGAAGACGCUAAAAUGCCGUGUCUAGCCGUUGGUGCACCGCAACCUGAAAUCACUUGGAAAAUAAAAGGCGCAGAAUUCUCUGCCAAUGAUCGUAUGCGACAACUCCCUGAUGGGUCCUUGUUGAUUAAAUCAGUGAGUCGCCAAGACGCGGGGGAGUAUUCUUGCCAUGCAGAGAACUCAAUUGCCAAAGAUUCGAUAACGCAUAAAUUAAUCGUGCUAGCACCGCCACAAUCACCACAUGUAACACUCUCAGCUACAACUACCGAUACAUUAACAGUGAAAUUAAAGCCGCAUGAGGGAGAUACGGCUCCAUUGCACGGUUAUACUUUGCAUUACAAGCCAGAAUUCGGGGAAUGGGAAACUUCUGAAGUCUCUGUAGAUUUGCAAAAAUACAACAUCGAAAACCUUUUGUGUGGUUCGCGUUAUCAGGUAUAUGCGACUGGCUUCAACAAUAUUGGUGCUGGUGAAGCAUCUGAUAUUUUAAAUACCCGUACGAAGGGGCAAAAACCCAAACUUCCUGAGAAACCACGAUUUAUUGAAGUUUCUUCUAAUUCGGUAUCAUUACACUUUAAGGCAUGGAAAGACGGUGGUUGUCCAAUGUCCCACUUUGUAGUUGAGAGCAAGAAACGGGAUCAAAUUGAAUGGAAUCAAAUAUCGAACAAUGUGAAACCUGACAACAAUUAUGUAGUUUUAGAUUUGGAGCCAGCUACAUGGUAUAACCUUCGUAUAACCGCCCACAAUUCAGCCGGAUUCACGGUUGCUGAAUAUGACUUUGCAACACUCACUGUAACCGGAGGCACUAUUGCCCCGCUUGAUGAUGGGUUAGGAACUGGAAACGUUCAUACGCGAAUUCGGUUGCCUGCCUGGAUGCCCGAGUGGCUAGAUCUGAAUUUUAUGGUACCACUCAUUGCCACUGUUGUGGUCGUCGCGGUGGGUAUCUGUGUUGUAUGCGUAGCUCUUUCCCGAAGACGUGCGGAUGACUUGCGUGGUGGACAGAAGGAUGUUUAUUACGAUGUAGUUUACAAUCAGACUAUGGGACCGGGUGCCACCUUGGAUAAACGCAGGCCAGAUCUGCGUGACGAAUUAGGAUACAUAGCGCCUCCAAAUAGGAAGUUGCCCCCAGUGCCAGGAUCGAACUACAACACAUGUGAUCGGAUUAAGCGAGGUACAGUUAUAAGCCGCAGUGGCUUAAAAUCAAACCACUCCACCUGGGAUCCGCGUCGCAAUCCUAACCUAUAUGAGGAACUAAAAGCCCCACCGAUGCCUAUGCGUGGAAAACCUUAUGGUAAUAUUCAUGCCCAUGGGCAUGUCGAGUGUCAUUAUAGACAUCCAGGUAUGGAAGAUGAAAUCUGUCCCUAUGCCACAUUUCAUUUGCUUGGUUUUCGCGAGGAAAUGGAUCCCACAAAGGCAAUGAAUUUCCAAACGUUCCCACAUCAGAAUGGACACGCACCAGUUCCUGGUCACGCUGGAACAAUGGGCCCAACUGGACAUUCUGGAAACAUGCAUUCAAGAUCAGGCUCUCAGUCAAUGCCGCGAGCUAAUCGGUAUCAGCGCAAGAACAGCCAAGGUGGCCAAUCGUCGAUUUAUACACCCGCACCCGAGUAUGAUGAUCCGGCUAAUUGUGCUGAGGAAGAUCAAUAUCGCCGCUACACACGAGUAAAUUCUCAAGGAGGUAGCCUAUAUUCAGGACCUGGACCAGAAUAUGAUGAUCCAGCCAAUUGCGCACCCGAAGAAGAUCAAUAUGGUUCACAAUAUGGCGGCCCCUAUGGACAGCCUUAUGAUCAUUAUGGUUCUCGUGGUUCCGUCGGACGUCGUAGUGUUGGUUCUGGGCGUAAUCCAACGAAUGGUUCUCCUGAGCCCCCACCUCCACCGCCACGUAAUCACGAUAUGAGUAACUGUUCCUUCAAUGACUCUAAAGAAAGUAAUGAGAUAUCGGAGGCUGAGUGCGACCGUGAUCACGGACCACGUGGAAAUUAUGGCGUAAAAAGGUCGCCCCAAUUGAAAGAUGAACGCACCACAGAGGAGAUGUGUAAAUUAAUUGAAAGACACAAAGUCGGCCCAGGGCAACACCAACUCCAGCAGCAAAGUGGCACCAGACCCGCAGCCUACGAUACUAUGGCAGUGUAAUUUGUAAACUGGAACUCCGAUAUCAGCGAGAUAUAAACUUAUGUUGUGGCAAUUAAACAUACAAAUGAUUUAUUAAAGUGCGUUGAAGUUGAAUGAAUUAAAAACAAACAGGCAAAAGUCAAUACAGUAAAAUCUAACAAGUCACCCGCUAAGUGAACGAAUUAAUAGUAUUAGUACAUAUUGACUACUAAAAAUAUUUGCAUACAUUUUUUCAUAUUGUAUUAUAGUUAUAGGCAAAGCGAAAUUACCAAAAUAUUAUAAACGAACUUAAGUAACAAAUAAAAGAUACGUUAGAGGUCCUUAAGGUGACCCUUUUAAGUUA